AUGGCGGCUCAGGCCAAACCUGAUUCCAGUUAUGCGUCCAAUCGCAUGACGAAGAGCAAUCCUCCGUCCAGACAUCUUUUGUCUACUUUCAAUAAACCUGAGCCCGAAGAUGCGAAUAUCGAUUCCGCGACAAUCAAGAAAGAGGCUGGUCAACCUAGUGUCGAAGGAAAACCGGAGAUUGAUACAGACGCCGAACCUUUGAGCUCCGAUGAAGAGGAAGCAGAAGGCUCCAAUGUGGAUGUUGCUCCAACUAGCAUUAAGAAAGAAGCCGAGGUUGGUACGGAUGCCAAACCUUUAAGCGCCAGCCAAGAGGAAGUCGAAGACCCUAUGCCGGACAUUGCUCGGCCUAGCAUCGAGAACAAGCUAGAGAUUGAUACGGACAUAGAGUCUCUCAGCUCUCCUCUGAGUUCACCACCUCUGAGCUCCCCGCCUCCAAGCUCUCCGCCUCUCGGCUGCAAUGAAGAGGGUUCGGAAAACCCGAUUUCAAAUGCCGCUCAACCUAACAUCAAGAAAGAGUGGGAUAUCGACACCGAUGCUGACCCUUUAAGCUCCGAUGAAGAGCAAGCUAGCGAUAGCGAUGCUUCCCCGUAUCGCAAAGAGGUGAACUAUACGACUACGAGUUUGGAGGCGAAGCUUGCCGAAGGAAACAGUAGUCCACAAACCCAUAGUCGAAACCCUCGCAAAGGCGAAUUUUCGCGAAACCUCAGCGCCAUGAUGGGCUCUGAUAGUGACGAUUUAUUUUCCUUCUCCUCGCAGAGUCACAAGCGGCGAAAGGCAACGAAAUAUGCAGCCGUCGCCAGUGGGGAAGCCCCCAAAGAACCCGAGGAGACCUUUAUUAUGCCAAAGGAUGUUGAAAGUUCGAGUUUCAGAGAACCUCGUGGCGGGGAAGACUCAAACUCCAGUUUCUCGCACGGCCCAUACACCAUGGAAGAAUACGAAGCAAUGUUGCUUGACGAUGAUUCACCUCUCUCGUCCCCGACUUCUUCCACUUGUGAGCAAAUGUCGCAACUCGAUGAAUUCACAACGAAAGAGAAGCGCCAACCAUCACCACCCCCCAAGCCCUGUGCCCGAUAUGCCCCGAAGCAACGUAUUCGCGAACAGGUGAUGUUCUGUGAAUCACACAAACUCCGCAGUGCGAUGGAUUUGUGGCGUGACCGCGGGUACCCCGAGAUUCAUUGGGAUGGGUUUGAAGAGCGUGUUCAGAGUUAUUUCCCCGAACUUGAAAAACUACUUGUCCCUGGUGCUUCAUCUUAUUACCGAAACAUCCUUAGUACCUCUUUCGCACCAGGGAAAGCGAGAAACUUCCGUGUGAGAGUGGAUGAUGCCAAGACACUUGAGACGAUGACCUGUGGUUAUUAUGGUACCAGGGGUGCAACCAAAAUACUAGAAACAAUCAUCAGCCGGUUUUCUGUGAUUGUACGUCGCCUGGCAACAACAGAUGAACUUAUCAAGACGGCGGGCGUGGCUGGCUACACACAAUCUGUCCUUGUGCCUGAGCUGGCUGUGCUCAUGGUCAAGGAUGACAUGAAAGUUAACGACGAAGACGCUCGUCGGAUUAUGAGGGAGAGUAUGGACAUUGGUGCAAGAGUCCACCCAGAUCUCAAUGUUGUCCAGGUACAGGAAGAUGUUGAAGAAUCAUGA